AUGGCUCACAAACUCUGCUUCCCCUAUGGGCUACUGGUCUGCUGUGUGGUGGUGACUGUGGCGGAAGGACAAAAAGCAGUAGCCACUCCUCUUGGAGGCUCACAAGAUAAUGGAGGCCCUACAGACUGCGAGAUCUUUACACUCACCCCUCCACCCACCACAAGGAGCCCGGUGACAAGGAUCCAGUUCGCCCCAAGGACACCCAAGUAUUUUCCCAGAAGACGACUGCGGAGAGGAAGCUCCUCUGAGGAAAGCAGAGAGAAAAGAGAAGCCCCAAAAGUGCUGGUGCAAAAGAGACUAACGCCUCCAAAAAGAGUCUAAAAAGAGUCCUGCUUUCUUUUUCCAAACUAAAAUGACUGGACUUGAAAAUGAAGCAUCUUAAACACACGGACUAGAAGUCGUUCUUCAUGUCUGCACGGAAGAUCUCCGUUUAGAGGUUAUUCAUGUUUGCCAGAUAGGAGCAACAACCACAUUAGUCUUAUCCCAAACUUUUUAAAGAUCACAGGAUAUUCAUGCAAAUAAAAUCCUAAAAUAGAUGGUUCCAAGAAUUCCUGUACUGAGUUGCUAGAAAAAUCAGCUGUCUCUUCUAAAUUAAAGUGAAAGCAUUUAAACAAAUUGAUAUAAACCAAAUGAAGACAUUAAUGACACCUUUUUUACUCACUGGAAAACUUAUGGAGCAAAGUGCAUCUACAAAGUGAACUGUGAAGGAAAUUAUAGAAAACUGAAAGUUUAAUUUUAUUCUUAUUUUAUUCUCUGUUUGGCAAUGGUAUAGAUUAGUGGCUAUUGAUUGAUUUCCUUUUUACCAAGGCGUAAUUGAGAUGACACUGUAUUAGUUUUAGACGUACAAUGUCAUGAUUCCACAUUUGUAUAUAUUGUAAAAUAGUCACAAUAAGUCCAAUUAACAACCAUUCCAUACACAGUUACAAUUUUUUUUCUUAUGGUGAGAACUUUCAAGAUCCGCUCAGUUUUCUAAGGAUAACAACAAAAGAAUUAUAAUCAUUAAAGCAAAACAAAGUUAUGGGACAUCUGACUAAGAUAAUACCUUGAAGAUAUCACAGACUAAAUUACCUAACUUAAAAAGUUAUUUUUAAUCAUAAUAUCCAAAGUUACUUUAAUGUUGACUUUUGAAGCAACCAGUGCUAAUGAGUUUGAUAAGUAUCUCCCUGCUUCUCACCUUAUCACCAUACGGAUACUAGCUUAGAUGACUGAUUACUUACUUCCCUUAGAACUUUCAAUAGGGUUCCAGGCUCAAAGUCUGAUUAAAAGUUUACAUGGAUGAUUUCACUCAUAUGUGGAAUUUAUGAAACACAACAGAUGAACAGAGGGAGGAAAACCAUAAGAGAC